AUGGAGAACCGCCGCGAGGGCGAUGUUGAUGAGAACAGUCCGCCUCAGGUUAGUGAUCAAAGAUUUGAGGUUAAGCGGAUAACAGAUGAGUUGGAUAAGGUGGGAGAUGAGGUUAAGCAGUUACCGUUACGGGUUGAAGAGGAGCUAUCGGAGGCACGUAUAGCCGGGAAGUAUAGAAACCAGUUGAUGGAAAUUUUGUACAGCCAUACUAGCCGGGCAUGUACAAUGUUGGAGGACAUAAGAGCGAGUGUGGUAGGGCAUGAGAUGUUUGGCAAGGACCUGUUGCAGACGCUUCAGGAUAAGGGGAUAGAAAGUAUGGAGGAUCUGAAUGAGUAUAUUAGUGUGACAGAAAGGGAUGACAGAUGUCGCGCACAUAGUACUCUGCGAGAUCCAGGCUUCGAGGAGGAACAUUACGAAGCAGCAAGGAGCUCAAUGAAGAUGAAGAAAAGAUGGACACCGAGCACGAUGAAGAGCCAUCCUGGGAGAAGUCGGACGUCACCGAUUGGAGCAGCUUACGCGCCAGCCUCGAGGCAGCAUUCGGAGAUAUCGGGACGACAAAACGGCACAUCAGGUCAGGAUGCCUUAAACUUUAUGGCAUACAUUCAAGCCAAUGCAUGCAUAAGCCCUGGGAUAUUCAAGGGGAAUAAGGGCGACAAUUUUGAAGAAUUCAUAAGACGAAGUUAUACGACAAGUGAAUUAGAAGAGAACCGUGAGAGGAUGACAGGAUUGAUCAAGAGUGCGCGGAGCCUUGGCAUAAGAGCCAACGGCGACAUGAGUGGACCCUUAAUAGACAUGGUUCCAGUGUAUGACGCAUCAGGUAAUCGCAUGGAGUUUAUGGGAGCUGUGAAGAUUACAGUAGAAUUAGAAGGAGGUAGAAAAGCCAAAGUGUCUUUCCACAUUAUGGAUGUCAAUGAAAAAGAGAUAUUACUGGGUACAAACUCCUUGGACCAGUUGGGCGUGAACGUGCAUAUAUCACCAGAGCUAGAUCCGGAUAAGGACAGGGUGUCCUCAAGAAAGGUAAUAGUAGCCAGGAGGGCGUACAUUACCCCGCAUAGUGCAGCGAUUGUGUCGGCUCGAUGUGAGGGGCAUGGUUAUGAGGGAGAUCGCCUCAUUUGGCCACACAUGACUGGGAUGGUUGCAGGUGUGUAUACCAUCAAAGGUCGAAGUGUAGAUGUAUCCGUGGUGAACGAUAGCGAUGAGCCCAUGAUCUGUAGAGAAGGAGACGUGAUAGGUCAGUGGGGGACAGAGAAAUGGCGUGAGGGUUGGGAAGAUGUGAACCCGCUCAUGCUGGAUAGUACAUCCCCUGAUAUGAGUCCAGAGCAGAGGCGAAUUUUACUGCUAGAACAGAUUAAGGAGGCGUCAAGUGUAGAAACGUUGAGCGAAGAUGUU